CCCUAGCCUUAUAGAGAGACCAUCUCCCAUAUUCAUAUGCUCUCAUAUUUUAAGUGGAGUUUUGCGUAGGCCAGUAGCGAGUGCUUUGCUGUGAGACAAGGUUUCGGACUGCAAUGGCAUGUGCCAUCGGUGGAGGGAUCCGGAGUGGGUGUUGGAAGUCCUUGGGGGUAACCCAUACCAAGUGGGAGAAGUUGGAGGGUUUGGAGGAGAGUCUAUCCGGUUUGUGGUCUAGCAUCAAGUGCCCAAGCAACAAUGGACAAUCAAUGUGGAAGUCCUUAUGGAAGAAUAAUGGGGUCUGCUCAAUCCUCAGCCUAUUCAAGUACUUUAAGCAAGGCAUAAUCAUCCACUGUGAAAUCAACCUCAUCAAAGCCCUCAGAUUCCAAGGCAUCGUGCCAGAUGGUCGACUAUACCAACUUACAGACAUCAAACAAGCGCUGAAGGAGGAGAUAGGGGAGGAGGUUGGGAUCCGAUGCAGUACCAACUUGGAGGGAGAAUUCCAACUCUAUGAAGUGUAUGUCUGCAUCGACAAAUCCUUCGCCACAGGUGUGAUACCUUGCCCGACCUUGCCCUAUUUUACAUGCUCAGAUGAGAUACUCUUCCCUGCCUUCAAUGUCCAAAUGCUCAAGAAGAAUGGGACCAGGAACUCACUCGAGCUCCAAGUUGAAUGAUAGCCAUGGCACUAAGAGAACAUGUUGCUUCUUUUCUCAUUUCGAGCUUAUCCAGUGUGUUGUCCAAGAAUUUGUAGUUAGUUUUGGGCUUGAUGUGAAUAAGAUUGUGGUUUGUCUUUGCAAACAUUUCCAACAAAAGCAAACAAAACAAU